AUGACCAAGUAUAUUGUUGUCUCUGGUGGUGUGAUUUCGGGUAUCGGAAAGGGAGUCAUCGCCUCGAGCACAGGAACUCUUCUCAAGACAUUGGGUCUCAAAGUGACCGCUAUCAAGAUUGAUCCCUAUCUCAAUAUUGAUGCUGGUUUGAUGAGCCCUCUUGAUCACGGUGAGGUCUUUGUCUUGAACGACGGUGGUGAGGUCGAUUUGGACCUUGGAAACUACGAGCGCUUCUUGGACGUCGAGUUGAGCCGCAUCAACAACAUUACCACUGGAAAGAUCUACAGCGAGGUUAUCGAGAAGGAACGUCGUGGUGAUUACCUCGGCAAGACUGUUCAGGUCGUCCCCCACAUCACCAACGCUGUCCAGGAAUGGAUUGAGCGUGUUGCUGCUAUGCCCGUCGAUAACUCUGGUGAGAAGCCCGAUGUAUGCAUUAUCGAGUUGGGUGGUACCGUUGGUGAUAUCGAGUCUGCACCUUUUGUUGAGGCUAUGCGUCAGUUCCAAUUCCGUGUUGGUCAUGAAAACUUUUGCUUGAUUCACGUUUCUCUUGUUCCUGUCGUCGGUUCCGUUGGUGAACAGAAGACAAAGCCUACACAGAUGAGCAUUCGUGAUUUGCGUGGUGCUGGUCUCACCCCAGAUCUUAUUGCUUGCCGUUCCUCCAAGCCUUUGGAUGAUAGCGUUGCUAGCAAGAUCUCUAUGUUCUGUCAUGUCGCCCCUGAGCAGGUUCUUGCCGUUCACGAUGUGUCUUCCGUCUACCAUGUCCCUAUUCUCAUGAAGGAGAAGGGUGUCGUCGAUUUCUUCCGUCGCCGUCUUAACCUUGAUGCCAUCAAGAUCACACCCGAGUGCCGUUUGGCUGGUGAAGAGCUCUGGAAAAAGUGGGCUAACCUUGCCGUUUCCUACGAACGUCUCCACGACACAGUCACUAUCGCCCUUGUCGGAAAAUACACUAACCUCCACGAUGCCUACAUUUCAGUAUACAAGGCUCUCGAGCACGCAGCACUUGCCGGAAACCGCAAGUUGGAAAUCAAGUGGAUCGAGGCCUCUGACCUUGAACCCGAAGUUCUCAAGUCAAACCCCAUUAAAUUCCACGAAUCAUGGCAGAGCCUCUGCUCCGCCGACGGUAUUCUCGUACCAGGUGGUUUCGGUGGACGUGGUAUCGAGGGUAUGAUCAUGGCUGCCAAGUGGGCUCGUGAGAACAAGGUCCCUUACUUGGGUAUUUGCUUGGGUAUGCAAAUCUCUGUUAUCGAAUUUGCUCGUCAUGUGUGUGGUAUGUCCGAAGCCCACUCUGCUGAGAUCGAGCCCGAGACAAAGACUCCCGUUGUUGUCUACAUGCCCGAGAUCAGCAAGACCCACAUGGGUGCUACCAUGCGUCUUGGUGUUCGUCCUACUGUCUUCCAGCCUGGAUCCGAAAACUCGCGUGUUCGCAAGCUCUAUGGCAACAAGCCCACAGUCGACGAGCGUCAUCGUCAUCGUUAUGAAGUAAACCCCGAGUAUGUAAACACUAUUGAGGCCAAUGGCCUCCGCUUCAUCGGUAAAGACGAGACCGGUGAGCGCAUGGAGAUUGUCGAAAUGGACGAUCACCCCUACUUUGUCGGCUGCCAGUACCACCCUGAAUACCUGACCCGUCCCCUCAAACCCUCUCCUCUCUUCAUGGGCCUCAUUUUGGCCGCCAGCGGCCAGCUUGAGAAAGCUCUGUAA